CGGCUGAGGCGGCGGCGGCGUGGGCUGGGCUGGAGCAGGCGGCCACACCACUUCAGACUCCCCGGAGCGGGAGCCCACGCGGGCGGGCGCCUGAAACAAAGAGAAGCGGGAGUCCGGACGCCGCGGGUGGGCGGUCAGUCGGUCGGCGCAGAGCCGGCCAGCGGGUGUCCGCGCGAGCGCAGAGCCCGGCCCGACGCCGCGGCCUGAGGGCGGGAAGAUGCCGCGCGUCGUGCCCGACCAGAGAAGCAAGUUCGAGAACGAAGAGUUCUUCAGGAAGCUGAGCCGCGAGUGUGAGAUUAAGUACACGGGCUUCAGGGACCGGCCGCACGAGGAGCGCCAGACGCGCUUUCAGAACGCCUGCCGCGACGGCCGCUCGGAGAUCGCUUUUGUGGCCACAGGAACCAAUCUGUCUCUCCAGUUUUUUCCGGCCAGCUGGCAGGGAGAACAGCGACAAACACCUAGCCGGGAAUAUGUCGACUUAGAAAGAGAAGCAGGCAAGGUGUAUUUGAAGGCUCCCAUGAUUCUGAAUGGAGUCUGUGUUAUCUGGAAAGGCUGGAUUGAUCUCCAUAGACUGGAUGGUAUGGGUUGCCUGGAGUUUGAUGAGGAACGAGCCCAGCAGGAAGAUGCAUUAGCACAACAGGCCUUCGAAGAGGCCCGGAGAAGAACACGUGAAUUUGAGGAUAGAGACAGGUCUCACCGGGAGGAAAUGGAGGUGAGAGUUUCACAGCUGCUGGCAGUAACUGGCAAGAAGACAACAAGACCCUAGUCCCGGCUCCAAUUUAGGUGGUGGUGAUGAUCUCAAACUUCGUUAAUAGUAGUCCAGCACAUGUGCCCGCCAUCUUUACAUACACUUUGCUUCUAGUUGGCAGAAACAAUUCAUUCUAAGACCAGAAACUGUGAUAACUGGAGAUACCGCAGUACAUGUUACAGCCUAAGGCAGUAAAGACAUCACCAGCUGCCCUGGCUUUGCACUAUGAUGCCCGAAUUUUCUGAUUUUUAAAACGUAGCCAGUAAUAAUUUGAAAUUUUUUUCUAUGCAAGCUUACCUUGUUGGCAUUAUCUUAGUGGGUUGAAGCUACUCGUAAAGCCUAUUCUCCUUUUAAUUUAAAAGUUUGUGUCAUUUAAAAACAAAUUAAGAAAUUCAAAAUUUGUAUCAGAGGGUUUUCUUAAAAUCAGUUGCAUAAAACAUUUUUUUGUACUCAGAGAUGUGUUGGUUAUGCAGUUCUGUUUUGGGUAUCUUUUUUAGAUAAGCAUUCUUGGUUUUUGUUUUCUCCAUUUCCUUUUGUGUUUUUGUAGCAUUUUUAAAAUGUGGUAUGUUUGCAUUUUUUUACAACCUUAAAACCUAGUAUAGCAUAGAGCUGUCUGCCACAGCCUUCUAAUAAAAGUUUACACUUGUUAAAGUCACAGUAUCCUUUUAAAUGCUAAUAAUAACCCUUUCCUUUUUAAACGUAAAAAUUUUACCUUGGUAUUAACUCUUAAUUUGCCUUGGAUCUGUUUUAAAUUAUGUUCUGUAAUUAUGAGUUUGGGUGGAGAAAUUCUCCUUAGAUGAUAAUGUUUUACUGAAAUGCCUAAAGAAGUCACAAACUGGCUUCUGUUUUAUUCAGGGAUUUUUUUUUUUUUAAGUCAAUCACAAAAAGGGAUACUGGAACUUCUUGUAUGUAACAGCAUAUUAAACUGGAGGCAGUGAUGAAUCAGCUACAAAGGUAAAUUGUAUUAAAAUCAUGUUUAAGAUAGCUGCUUUUAUGUGUAUUUUAUAUUGCAUGCUUUUGUAGAAACUAUUGGUUGAUGAAGAUUAGUCUUAGAAAAUGUUCAUCUGUGCAGAAGAUACAUUUUCUUCUGUUGAUUCUGGGUAAAACAUUCACAGUUAUAUAUGAGAUUUUUAUUAAUUGCGCCUUUUGAGAUGAAUUAGUGUAAGAAUAUUUUUUAAAUAGGCUUAGUGUCAACUUGCAAUUUUUUUAAGAUGAAACUGGAAAAAGUGCUAAGUCAUUUGGCACAUGCUUACAGAUAUUGUCAUGGUCAUAGUCAUUAGAUGUUACUGCAUUGCUGAAAUUUUUGCAAAAAUGUAUUUUAUCAUAUAGAAUGGCAUUAUUUUAGAGAAUUUGAAAAACUGACAUGGUCAAUUCAGAAAUGAAGUCUGAAUAAGGUCAUUGCAUUUAAAAAGCAUAUAAACUACUUGAUUGAUGAAGGAGGCGUGUCUUUCAUUGUAUAUAAGUCUUAUAACCAUAAACAGCCUGUAUCUCAGAAUAAAAAUAUUUGUUAUAUAUUUGAAGUUGUGCAUGGUAAAGAGUGUGUUUGAAUUCUUAUAAACAAUAAUGUGUUACAAAAGACCAUGCUCAUUUUGUGGAACUAAGUUCUAUGAAUGAAUUUGGUUGGUAUUUGGUGUUGUAUAGCUCACAUGUUUACACUCUUGGUGCCCUAAUUUCCUCUGGGGGAAUCACCUUUUAAGUGAUCCUUACAGUGAUGGUUUAAGGUACUUUAUCAUGGCGCACCUUUGUUUUUGACUUCUGUGCUUAAUUCUUUUUUUAAAAUAACAUGAUGAUGGUACAUUUUUCUCUGUUGCUUCUAGCCAAAGGCUUUCAGUCCACCAAUAAAUAAGAUUGUGUGGUGUUAAAUGUUCUCGUGGCCAUCCUUGUGUAAAUAGUGAGAGCUCAUCAGUUAGCACUGCUCUGUCUUAAUGCUGGCAUUAAGAUCAUGCACUUCUUUUCUCCAGUAGUGCAGACUUUGAAUCUACUUUAAGUUAUUGAUGCAGUUUGAUAUUUUUUCAUAAUCUAUAUUUAAAAUUGCAUCAUUGCAUCAUCUUUUCUAAAUUCAUCUCCAUUAAAACUUGCCUUAAACUACCAGAUUGCUUUUGCUGCCAUUAGCCAUACUGUAUAUUUGUAUGUUUAAUUUACUUCACAAUAAAAUUCUGUGUAGUGGAAACAAA